AUGUACUUGAUACUGAUCUCCGCCUCCGCCAUCGCCCACACGCGCUUCUCCCGCCCAGCGCCGCGGCUCACCACAGCGUCACACCGGUGGUUCGCCGCUCCAGUCACGCCACGCGGAGGGGUGCCAGCGGCGUGCGACUUCUCGUCGCAGCAGCGGCUGCGCGAGGAGGCCGAGGCGCCCUUCGCCAAGGCGCGCCUCUUCGUCUGGCCGACCCUCUUUGCGGCCGCCGUCGUCGCAACCUACUUUGCCGCCACCGGCAUGCUCGCCGUCGCUGUCGGGGCGCGGGAGCAGGCGGCCGGCUCGUCGCCGCUCGUCGACCUCGGCAUCGACCUCACGGCCGUCGGCACGACGGGCUUCCUCUGGAAGCGCGAGCUGGAUGCGCGCGACUCGAGGCUGCGCCGGAUCGCCUUUGGCGCGCGCCUCGCCGCUCUGCGGGUGACGCAGCUCGGCGCAGAGUCUUGCUGA